UCAUUCACACAUUCUCAAUUCCCCCAAAACUACCGUCUCUUCUUUCCCCUAUUUUCUUUCUAUAACCCUAAUUAGGGUGUCGACUAAUUUAUUUCCAUCCAAUCUUUUUUAGAUCCAUCUGUAUAUACAUACAUAUAUAUAUAUAUACAUACAUAUAAAUUUAUUAUUAUAGAUAUAGAUAGAUGGGUGGUGUAGCAGUUCUUCAUCCUCAAGAUGUUCUCAAACAACAUCACAAUAAUUUAUUUUCCACGCCGGUCAAAUCUCGCCGUAACCCCAAACCUAAUUUCACUAAUUCAACCACUAACUUUACCAGAUCUGAAAACCGGAAACGUAGCCCACCCACCGGCGUACGGCGGCCCAAACCCACGUCGCCGAUGGUCGCAGAUCCGCCGUCUGCCAUGGUGGCGAAGAAUCUUGUGAUGGGUCAGGUGAAAAUAUUGAAACGUGGGGAACCCUUGGAUGAUGUAACCGAUCGGAAAGUUUCUAACGCCGCCGCCACGACGACACCCACAAAAGAUAUCGCCGCCUUUGAUCGGAAAAUUUCAAACUUGACGUCAACGGCAACACCCAUAAAAGAUAUCGUUUCUGAUCGGAAAGUUUCAAACUUGACGGCGACGGCAACACCCACGAAAGAUAUCGUAUCUGAUCGGAAAGUUUCAAACUUGACGGCUGUUGAUCGGAAAGUUAGCCGGAAAGUUACGCCUCCGAAAAAGGAAAAAAGAAAUCAUAAGAUAGAAGAUUUGAAAAUCGAGGAUUUUGCACUUUCGUCAACGGAUCGGUUAGGACCCGACCCGGAAAUGGUACCCAAACAGAUGAAGAAAAAUAACAAUAAAAUUGCAGAGUUUUUCUUUGCAGGUUCUGCUUUUGUUGAUUCACCUCCACCAAGUUCGGUUCCUCUGCCUGGUUUUUUCACUAAAAGUUUUGUGAAAGAAGAUGACCCGAGUAGCGAUUUAAGGCGAAUUCUCGGGUUAAGUAUUUAGUAGUUGAUGAUGAAGGAUAAGUGAUAGUAAAUUAUGAUAAUGGUUUGAAUAAGUUUGGCUGGCUGGUUGAUGAGAAAUGGAACAACUUUGUUUGUUUGUUUGUUUGUUUGUUUCGAAUUCGACGUAAUUUCCCUAGUAUUUUUUCGAAAGGGAAAAGUCGAAUUCGUGUAAGCAAGAUGAAUGUGUUUUGUAUCAUUGUAUAUGGGUACAAGAAGAAGAAAUGAUGAGGAGUUUCUUGGGUGUGUUCGUUAGAUGGUAAUUAUGUUAGUAAGUUAAGGUUAAUCGUGAUUAAGGUUGGUAGUUAUCUAUGUUAGUAAGUUAUGUUCAUGUUUUUAUAUUAUUAUUAUAGGGUAUUAUGAGAAUAAGAUUAGUAUGAGUAAUUCUGGGUUGUAAUGUAAUCCAGUUGGUGAUGAAUACUUGGCCUGUAUGUAAUUAAGGCAUGUGGUUAUGAUGUUUAUUUAUAUCUAUAUCUAUCUAUGUAAGUAUGGUAUUGUUACAAUGUUGUUGCAAUUGAAGCUUUGUUCUUGUUGAUUGCUA